AAGAGGUCCGACGCCCAUCUAUGUUCGUAAGCGUCAAUUUAGUUCGUCGAAAGGCCACCAGAGUUCGUGAACGGUGCUAACACCCCACCUCAGAGGCGGGCGGCGGCCAUAUUAUCAGUGAGGUGUCAGUAUUUGCUCAACGUGACGGUUUUUUUUUUGGGUGUGGAUUGCACGGGUUUGUCCCGGGAAAAGUGUGUGCCUCUAACCCCAGUUAAUGUGGUGUUAAGGAUUGGAGAGAUAUUUUAUAUCGGUAAAUUCAAAGCUGACAGUUUCACUGCCUAGAACGAGCCCAGCACAGCUGCCAAGAUGCCGAAGUCGACGAAUGUGAGGGUGACGACGAUGGACGCGGAACUCGAGUUCGCGAUCCAGCAGACGACGACAGGGAAACAACUCUUCGACCAGGUUGUCAAGACUAUUGGUCUAAGGGAGGUCUGGUUCUUCGGUCUGCAGUACACAGACAGCAAGGGCGAUCUUACGUGGAUUAAGCUCUACAAAAAGGUGAUGAAUCAAGACGUGAAGAAGGAGAACCCGCUGCAAUUCAAAUUCCGUGCUAAAUUCUACCCAGAAGAUGUUGCCGAGGAAAUUAUUCAGGACAUCACGCUUCGUCUCUUCUACCUUCAGGUGAAAAAUACGAUCUUGACAGACGAAAUUUACUGCCCACCAGAGACGUCCGUACUUUUGGCGUCGUACGCGGUUCAAGCUCGUCACGGUGACUUUGUGAAGAGUACUCAUAGUUCUGGAUUUUUGGCAAAUGAUCGUUUGCUACCGCAACGUGUUAUGGAUCAGCACAAAAUGAGCCAGGAUGAAUGGGAAGGAUCCGUCACAACUUGGUGGCAGGAACAUCGAGGAAUGCUUCGUGAAGAUGCGAUGAUGGAGUAUCUCAAGAUCGCUCAGGAUUUGGAAAUGUACGGAGUGAAUUACUUCGAAAUUCGCAACAAGAAGGGUACCGAACUUUGGCUCGGUGUCGACGCUCUUGGUCUAAAUAUUUACGAAAAAGAUGAUAAACUGACGCCAAAAAUUGGCUUUCCGUGGUCAGAGAUCCGCAACAUUUCCUUCAAUGAUAGAAAGUUUAUCAUCAAACCAAUCGAUAAGAAAGCUCCAGACUUCGUAUUCUUUGCACCUAGAGUUAGGAUUAACAAGAGAAUCUUGGCACUCUGCAUGGGCAAUCACGAUUUGUACAUGCGAAGACGCAAACCCGAUACCAUUGACGUUCAACAAAUGAAGGCACAAGCCCGUGAGGAGAAAAUUGCUAAGCAACAGCAGAGAGAAAAGCUUCAGUUGGAAAUAGCCGCGAGAGAACGAGCUGAAAAGAAACAGCAGGAGUACGAGGAAAGGCUGAGGAGUAUGGCUGAAGAAAUGGAGAGACGGCAAGCUGAAUUAUCAGAAGCUCAGGAAAUGAUUAGACGUUUAGAGGAACAGUUGAAACAGCUGCAAGCCGCUAAAGAAGAGCUUGAAGAUCGUCAGAAGGAACUGACGGUGAUGAUGGAGAAACUAGAACGCUCGCAAGAAAUGGAACUUGCUGAACGUAUGAAGCUGGAACAGGAAAUCAGAGCAAAGCAGGAGGAGGUUCAACGCAUUCAAUCCGAAGUUGAAAUGAAAGAUGCGGAGGCUCGAAGACUUCAAGAAGAAGUAGAGGCAGCCAGAAUACGACAAGAGGAGGCUGAUAGAGCAUUCCAAGCCAGUUCGACUCCCCAGCAUCAUCAUGUCGAAGAAAAUGAAGAAGAGGGCGAAGAAGAGGGGGAAGACGAAUCGCCUCAGGGUCAAGUUACUAAAGAUCUUGCUACUGACGAAUCGAUUAUCGAUCCAGUUGAAGAGCGACGUACUUUGGCAGAAAGAAAUGAACGGCUGCACGAUCAGUUGAAGGCUCUGAAGCAGGACUUGGCCCAGUCUCGUGAUGAAACGAAGGAAACGGCAAUGGACAAAAUUCACAGGGAAAACAUACGCCAGGGACGUGAUAAAUACAAAACGCUACGUGAGAUUCGCAAAGGCAAUACUAAACGUCGUGUUGACCAGUUUGAGAACAUGUAGAUUAUACCCAAUCUUUUCUCUUAAUUACAUCCCUUAAUAUCUUUAUGUUAUUAUGAACUUCCAUCCUUACGAUUUACUUUUAUUUCACCUACACUAAAACAAAACUUGAGAUUUUACAAUUCAACGUUGUUUUUUCGUUGCAUCGAUAGAGCUUGUUAAAAAGCAAUGCUUGUGAAAUCAGUUUUGUCGGCCAUUUUGUAUAAGUGAUUAGUUUGUGGUGAAUUUUGUAUAGUGUAUAGUGGCAGAUUACAACCCGAAUGGCUUUCCAAGCAUAUUAGGGGAUACUUUCAUUCGUUAUGAUUAUACUUCAUCUGUUAUUAAAUUCCACUUUUUUAUAAAAAUGUCUCAAUGGCUCAAAUGAUUUACGUAUUCUCAUAUCUUCAACUUUCGACACACAAUUAUUUUAUCAGUCGUUUCUUCCGAAUAUUAAGUUUGUGUACCAUACAAUAAGCCGUGCUCUGAUCCCUUAUUUCAUUUGAUGCCGUACUUAUUUUUCAAAUUCUCACUCUUUCAAAAUGGCCAUACAUUACAUAUCCAUUAUUUUUUUUUUUACUCCGGAUCUAUGGAUGGCCAAUGCUUCUAAUUUACUCACUACAUGUAAACAUCGAAACAAAAUCUGUUUGCUUUUUCCGCAUCAACUAUACAUCGUAAUAGCUCUAAUGAAAUCUAUUACGUUGUGAUCCGUUACCUACAUAUUUUUAUAAAAUUGUUAAAACACUGCAAGGAGCAGCUGUAUUUCUUGUAAAAUUUAUUUUUGCUUAUGAAAACUGUUAUGGCUGAAAAGCCUUGCCGGCCAUUAAAUAAUAUCGACGUGUAUACUUUUUCUUACAUGUGUCUCGCCUGCCACCUUAUUUGCUGUCCAUAUAUCGCCCUUUUGGUUCUUAAUAAUCAUAAGCUUCGACCCCAAUAUUUAAAUAUUACGUUACAAAAUGCGUGUUUAUCCAAAUACACUGACAUUGGUUGUAGUUUGUCUUUGUUUUUUUUUCUGCUGAAACCAUUUUCCACCGAAACAGAGGAUAUCACUUGUUAUUUGCAGUAAUUUUUUUCUCACUGUCGAAUUUCGAUAUUAAUUUUUAUUGAUUCUCUCAAAAGUUACAAGAGAGUCAAUAUUUCAUUUUGUUGAUCACCCUGCUCCAUGACAUGCAUUAUAAAUCAUAUUUAUAGAAGAUAUUUACACGUAUGGAUUGAGUAAAUCAAUGCAUGUUAUUGAGUUGUAAAUGGUGUUUUGAUAAGUUUUCACAAAUGUAUUAUCAUGAGAAUCAUGCUAUCUUUUAUACGUAAUUUUACAACAGUUUUCGUCGAAAAUUCAACUCUGUGCGAUAAUCUUCGAAUACUUAAACAAGAUCGUAUCUUCACUAUGGUAUUGAAGACUGUUGUUUUCUUCUUAUGCACGCUAUAAAAUUAGUGAUGUUUCAUAAUCUUGAAGAUGUCUUAUUAUUUCGAAAAAUGUGUGAAAAAAAUCGUUCAAAGAAUAAAUUUUAUAUUUUCUCUAAAGAAAAAAAUACAUCUCUGCAAUUGUGAACAAAAGGGUGAUAGAUUGUUGAAGCAUAUAUAGGGAUAUGUAAAUAUUAUAUGUUUGUUGGAAUAUUUGCUAGCGAAGUCUAUGAAUCCAUAGAUCCUGUAAUAACAGUAAUAACUGGAAUUGAACACAACCAAUGACAAUGUAUAUGCUGGUUACAUUAAUUAAGUGAUAUCAGAUAUCAAAAA